UGUUAAGAAAAGCAGAAAUGUUGGCCGUGUAAUCGAUUCUGCUCGUAUUGCAGUGCGGAAACUUGAGGCAGUGGGUUACAAGCCCAUUUUAUUUAUUGGCAAACAAAAUAAGGCUUCAAAUAAGUGGGUUGCAGAUGUAAUUACCCAUCUGCACCCCACUCCUGUCACAAAAAUGUUUUUGGAGAAGAUGCAGAGGGCUUAUGAAUUUAUUUUGACUAAGUCAACCUCCACAGCACAGCAGCCGGACAGUGACAUCCCCACCGCAGAGCAGCACAACAGCCCCAGUGAGGAACAGUGCAAUGGUUCCAUUUUGGAGCCGGAGAGCCUUGCCGUGGAGCAGCCGGAGCCGGAGAGCCUUGCCGUGGAGCAGCCGGAGCCGGAGAGCCUUGCCGUGGAGCAGCCGGAGCCGGAGAGCCUUGCCGUGGAGCAGCCGGAGCCGGAGAGCCUUGCCGUGGAGCAGCCGGAUCCGGAGAGCCUUGCCGUGGAGCAGCCGGAGCUGGAGAGCCUUGCCGUGGAGCAGCCGGAGCCGGAGAGCCUUGCCGUGGAGCAGCCGGAGCCGGAGAGCCUUGCCGUGGAGCAGACGGAGCCGGAGAGCCUUGCCGUGGAGCAGACGGAGCCGGAGAGCCUUGCCGUGGAGCAGCCGGAGCCGGAGAGCCUUGCCGUGGAGCAGACGGAGCCGGAGAGCCUUGCCGUGGAGCAGCCGGAGCCGGAGAGCCUUGCCGUGGAGCAGACGGAGCCGGAGAGCCUUGCCGUGGAGCAGACGGAGCCGGAGAGCCUUGCCGUGGAGCAGCCGGAGCCGGAGAGCCUUGCCGUGGAGCAGCCGGAGCCGGAGAGCCUUGCCGUGGAGCAGCCGGAGCCGGAGAGCCUUGCCGUGGAGCAGCCGGAGCUGGAGAGCCUUGCCGUGGAGCAGCCGGAGCCGGAGAGCCUUGCCGUGGAGCAGCCGGAGCCGGAGAGCCUUGCCGUGGAGCAGCCGGAUCCGGAGAGCCUUGCCGUGGAGCAGCCGGAGCCGGAGAGCCUUGCCGUGGAGCAGCCGGAGCUGGAGAGCCUUGCCGUGGAGCAGCCGGAGCCGGAGAGCCUUGCCGUGGAGCAGCCGGAGCUGGAGAGCCUUGCCGUGGAGCAGCCGGAGCUGGAGAGCCUUGCCGUGGAGCAGCCGGAGCCGGAGAGCCUUGCCGUGGAGCAGCCGGAGCCGGAGAGCCUUGCCGUGGAGCAGCCGGAGCUGGAGAGCCUUGCCGUGGAGCAGCCGGAGCCGGAGAGCCUUGCCGUGGAGCAGCCGGAGCUGGAGAGCCUUGCCGUGGAGCAGCCGAUGAAACCCACAAAGGAGUCCGAGACUCUAUUUAUACUCAACCUUGUUCCUCUGUCUUCCCAAUACUCUUCAACCUCUCUCUCUCCUCCCUCCUCUACUACUUUUCCAGCUGGUCUUCCUUCAGAAUCUUCUCCUCCUCCACCUCCACUGCCAUGCUCUAAGUUAUUGAGACAGAGGAAGAAAAGAACAAAAACCUCAGUCUGUUCAGCAGCACCUUCUGCCACCUCUGUCUCUCCUCCGUCUCUUAUCCCCACAGAUCUCUCCUUUCCACAGUCUUGUCCUCCACCUGCUGCCUCUUCCAUCUCCCAGUCCUUGAGGCAGGAGGGGCCAUGUGUGAAGAAGAGAAGAAAGGGUUGCCGAAAAUGUAGUAGGCAGAAGAUCUUCCUGUUUGAUAAAAUAGUUGGGGAAAGAAUAAAUGAGGGAAAAGCAGAACUGAAAGUCCACUGGUUGCCUUGUACUGUGUGUGGCAAGACUUGGGAUGACACAUGGGAGCCUGCCAGUGAGUUCCAACAUUUUUUGCCAGAGUCUACAAAUCCCAACCAGCUUUCACCAUGACAGUCUACUGACCAUGAAUACCUGGACUUGUUAAGCACUCUUCAAUUCUGAGUGUUUUGUUGUUGUUCUUUUGCUUGCUGUUCUUCAUUAAAGUUUGUGCACAGUGCA